AUCAACUACCGAACUCUUGAAGUUUCUGAGGUUUCCUUCAUCCACUCAAAUGAAGAGCAUAGGCGCUGUCUGUCUGUCUGUCUGUUAGUUUUGUGUUUCCCUUAUCUCUCUCUCUCUCUCUCUCUCUCUCUCUCUCUCUGAGCUAUUCAGCAAUGGCUACUGUACUCAAAACUCCAAGCAUAAUCCAUGCACCCUUCACGCCACGCACUUGUUCCAUAUCCUCAAAAUCCCCAAAACCCUUUUGCGUGUCUUUCAGACACAGUACCCCCAGACCUUCGCCUUUAACUUCUCUCCGGUUCUCCCACCUACCCUCCUCCCUACGCUUCGUCAAGUUCGUUCCUUUUUCUUCCUCCGGUGAAACUGACACCACUGAGACCCAGACCCAGACCCAAGAAGAGGUUCAAGAACCUCAGCAGCAACAGCAACAAGUCCAGGACAUUGUGGAUGGUGCUGCUGGCGUUGAAGAUGUUUCAAGUGAUGAUGAUGUUAAUGGUGCUGAGGAAGUACCUGCUUCAGCCAUUGUAUCUUCACUCCAGUUGUACAAGGAAGCCUUAGCUAGCAAUGAUGAAUCCGGGGUUGCCGAAAUAGAAUCUUUUUUAAAAUCCAUUGAAGAGGAGAAAAUAAGCCUUGAGAGGAAAGUAGCUUCUCUGUCUGAAGAACUGUUGACAGAGAAGGAGCGAAUUCUUAGGAUUAGUGCAGACUUUGACAAUUUCCGGAAGAGGACAGAGAGGGACAGACUUUCACUGUUAACAAAUGCUCAGGGGGAAGUUGUGGAAAGUUUGUUGCCCGUAUUGGAUAACUUUGAGAGAGCUAAAACCCAGAUUAAAGUAGAGACGGAGGGGGAAGAGAAGAUCAACAAUAGUUAUCAAAGCAUAUCUAAGCAGUUCAUAGAGAUACUAAACUCACUUGGUGUUGUUCCUGUUGAGACAGUAGGAAACCCCUUUGAUCCAUUGGUAAGGUACCGAGUUGGCUUGAAAUGUAAUCGUGUACUUGCUGAGCUUUUUCGAACCCUUAGUCAAGUCUUUUCAGGUUUGAUGAAGACCUGGAUACGCUUUUAACCGAAACCAGGUCUUGAUUGAUUCGAGCCAGCUCGGUGAGUUUAAGUGUUAUAUAUCAUGUAUACACAAAACACACACAAUGUGUUGGGUGUGU